AUGGGGAGUGAAAGUUCAAGAAAGCGCACCUAUGAAACCGUCGAUUUUCACGCCCCUUCACUUCCUGUGACCUGUGGUCAGGUGAAAGGGACUUUAUAUAAGAAGAAAUUAGAACAAGGAAUCUCGGAGAAGUGUAUAGAGAGUGAGGAUGGACGCUGGUUCACCCCUAGAGAAUUUGAAAUCAAAGGAGGAUAUGGAAGAUCCAAGAACUGGAAGCUGACUCUGCUCUGUGGCGGACGGCACCUCCAAUGGCUGCUAAAGAAAGGGUUUCUACCAUAUCCUCCAAGAAUAUACCAAAAGAGAAAAAAGAAAAGACUGGAGCAUAACAUCAGGGCUGUAGUUGACCCCCAUCCUGACAACUCGAAUGACUGUGCGGUGUGCCAGACUGGAGGCGAGCUCUUCUGCUGUGACACCUGUUCAAGGUCUUUUCAUAAGGAAUGCCACAUCCCACCUGUGGAAGUCGAGAGGGACCCCUGGAGCUGCAUCUUCUGCAGGAUGAAGGAUGCCCCAGGCAGCCCGCCGUGUCAGCACGAGUCUGAGGCCCUGGAGAGGCAGAUGCUGCCUGAGGAACAGUUGAAAUGUGAGUUCCUCCUCUUGAUGGUCUAUAGCUGUUCAGAGAGCUCCUUUUUUGCCAAAAUUCCAUAUUACUAUUACAAUAGAGAGAAGGUCCUCAAGGAACCCAUGUGGUUGAACAAAAUUAAGAAGAGGCUGAAUCAGAAGGGUUACCAACAAGUGGAGGAGUUUGUGAAAGACAUGCGCCUCAUCUUUCAGAACCACAGAGCAUCCUUCAAGGACAAGGACUUUGGCCAAAUGGGACUUAGACUGGAGGCUGAAUUUGAGAAGAAUUUCAAGCAAGUGUUUACUAUACAGUAAAUAAGUGAGAACAGUUCUCUUCGGUGUUGAUGCUCAGGUUACCUGAGCAAAUACCCUUUUCUGCCCAACCCCAGAGCACCUCCUGGGACCAGAUGGGCUCAGCUCCAUCUGGAGGAUCGGCUUCCCGGCCUCAUGACGAAGCCAGCCUUGGUGCUUCCCAUGGGAUCAGCCAGAUGCAUCCUUGCUUAGCUUUUCUGCGCUCCCCAUUGUUUACUCCCUGCCCUAGAGAACGAAUAAUAAAUCCCUUACCUAAGA